UCGCUCCCCAAUUUGCAUUUUUUCCUCAGACUUUCCGUGCGGCGCUCCGGCCGUUCUUCUAGCUAGAAGGCGUACCACGGUGGCAAUAUCCAUGCGCCCCGCGUUUACAGAACAAUACGCACAGUAGAACCCACUGGAACAUGUGAAUAAUGUUGCCGAAGCUUUCCGAAAGUAGAAAUUGAGCGUUUUAAAAAAAAAAUCCAUUUGGAUCAAUCGCGUUUUGGUUGCGCACCAUACGAGACACGUGCCUUCGAGGUAAACAGACAGCAGGACUGGGCAGCCAGAUAACGUUAGUAGUCUCGGUUAACGUUACAUUGUUUUUCUCCUGUGUUACAAGCGUGCAUAAGCGGUUAUAACGCCACCAUAGUGGACGUAGACGUCGAGCGGAGGUUCAUUUUGUUUUCGUUUGUGCACCUUGGUUGAUAAUUGAGACGCAGUUGGACAUGUCGGAAGUACUACAAGACAAAAUGAGUCAUUAUGGAAAUGAGGAUGACGAGGGACACCUUUCCUUCACCUGUCGCCUCCAAGACACCAACAACUUCUUUAGCGGCUCGCAGGGGGGAAAACGCCCACCCAAACUUGGACAGAUAGGCAGAAGCAAACGAGUUGUUGAGGACGAGAACGGCGUUGACGAGGCGCUAAAAAACGGGACAGAGAAAACACAGACAGAGGCUUGAACACAUCAACCCCGGAAGGACAUUGAUUCUCAUUUUCUAUUUGAUAUUUACAGUUUUGAUCCAAAGACACUGUAUAUAAGCACUUUUAACCCAUGUGGCAACAAGCACUUCCAGUCCCAUCUCCUCUCUCUCCCAGUCCUCAUGAUGAUCUCCUGAGACUUAUACUGGCAGGAUGGGGAAGCAGCCGAGAUGGAGACAGACAGAGAGUUGAAGACAGAGGUGGAGACAGAGAGAGUGAUGGACACAGAGGCGGAGACAGACAGAGAGAUGGAGACAGAGGUGGAGACAGAGAGAGUGAUCGAGACAGAGGUGGAGACAGAGAGAGUGAUCGAGGCAGAGGUGGAGACAGAGAGAGUGAUCGAGGCAGAGGUGGAGACAGAGAUGAAGAGAGAGGCGGAGACAGAGAGAUGAAGACGAAGGCGGAGAUGAAGACCGAGUCGGAGACAGAGAUGAAGACAGCGAUAAAGAGAGAGGCGGAGACAGUGAUGAAGACAGAGAGAAAGAGAGGCGGAGAUGGAGAUGAAGACAGAGAUAAAGAGAGGCGGAGAUGGAGAUGAAGACAGAGGUGGAGAUGAAGACCGAGUCGGAGACAGAGAUGAAGACAGCGAUAAAGAGAGAGGCGGAGACAGUGAUGAAGACAGAUACAAAGAUGAAGAGAGAGGUGGAGACAGAGAGAGAGAUGAAGACGGAGAUGGAGAUGAAGACAGAGAGAGAUAAAGAGAGGCUGAGAUGAAGACAGAGAUAAAGAGAGAUGGAGAUGAAGACAGAGAUAAAGAGAGGCAGAGAGAGAGAGAGGCGGAGACUGAGAUGAAGACAGUGACAGAGACAGAGAUAAAGAGAGGCGGAGACAGAGAUGAAGACAGAGAUAAAGAGAGGCGGAGACAGAGAUGAAGACAGUGACAGAGAUAAAGAGAGGCGGAGAUAGAGAUGAAGACAGAGAUAAAGAGAGGCGGAGACAGAGAUGAAGACAGUGACAGAGAUAAAGAGAGGCGGAGACAGAGAUGAAGACAGAGAUAAAGAGAGGCGGAGACAGAGAUGAAGACAGAGACAGCGACAAAGAGAGGCGGAGACAGAGA